AUGAACUCUCGGGUUUCGUUCCUACAUCUGCCCCGGGAGGUCCGGGAUAUGAUCUACAGCCAUGCCCUCGAAGGCGUAGAGUCCAGCAACGCUUUUACAACUCAAACCGCCUAUUCUCCGCAAAAUCUUCCUCUUCUUUACGUACACCGUCUCAUAUCACAAGACCUCCAACAUCAGCUCUACAGGCACCACGACAUUGUCAUACCUAUUCAAGAACCCAGCUCUUAUACAACUGGGAGCUGGAGUAUCGUCCCUAGAAUUGCCUGUUCAAAGAUGAUGAAGCAACGCUCCAAGACUCUCGUCAUCGAAAUGUCGCAGACGACUAUCUCGUAUUAUCCAGAUUCCGAUCUUGAAGAGGAUGAAGAUGAAGAUCCCAUGGAGGACGAGUCCUUCUGGGCACCCGAAGGUCGAGGUGGGCAGAUGUUCCCGCAAAAGCUCAUCAACGACAUUCUCGCUCUUAAACCAAGUCUCCCAUCCGUCACGACUCUCAAGCUUGUGUUUUGGUUCGGAUACUGGAUAUCAUACGUUGAGCAUUGGGAGGAGCACCUCAAGAAGCUCAAGGACAAAUGGCCCGAAGUAGUCUUGAACGUUCAGCUCAACCUAUUUGAUUUCGCGGACCCUGACGCUGGUGAUACGGGAUGGAACUUUAUCGAGGGUUGGUAUUGGUGGUCGUUGAAGAUGGAGGGGGUAUGGUUUGAGGCGAAUAAUUUUGCGUGGAAGGAUCAUAUGAAGGGGGAUUUUCGAGGUCGCAACAUCAAUGUGUCCAUCUGGCAGGAUGCUCUUGACUACGAUUGUGAUGAGUUUGAUGAGCUUCUUCAUCCUACUGGCUGUGAGGUACGGCCUAUGUUUGUUAGGACAUGUGAUCUUGAUGGUCGUGUGAAGCCUUACAAGUAG